AUGCCACCUGGAGGAAGCACGAGGGCUGAGAUAUUGUCAGGUUGCCCAAGCCUAGACAGAGGAUGUCGGGAGACAGAGGUCGGGUUCGAACCAUGGACCUUCCAGGCAGUAAAUUCGCUCCCUAACCACUUAUCUAGUCCAACAAAUCAAGAGUUGGAUCAACCGGCACUAACCAACCUGUCGGCUUCCAGUGGUCGAUCUAAACUACGCUCAAAACCUGACCAAUCGGGUCUGAAAUCGCUUAACUUGGUUGAUCGAGCGACUGGUCACGUGAAAUCAGGUAGUGGGUGA